GUCCUGUCCGCUUGGCGGACGCUGGCCCUGUCCCCCAAAUCCUUGUAGAGGGCCUAGACUCUUCUCCUGGGAUACUUUGAGGAGGGAUUAGCACUGGCACUGUGGGGCACAGCACUCCGCGAUCACUAUUUCAAGCCCCGUGGUGACUCCAAGUUUGCCAACUUCUUGACUCAGUCACUGACGGGGGUCCCAGGAGUCUGGGCAGGAAGGAGCUUGCAGGUUUGGAGGGACCGAGAGCGAGCGACGUCGCUCCCCCUCCCCAAACCUCCCCCCACCGGCCACUGUCCGGAGGCAGCAGCUGCAGCAGCGGCAACUGCUCGCAUCCCAGCGGGGCUCGGGUUACCGCCUUCUUCCUCCAGCAUCUCCGGCCAGACAGGGAAGAGCUUGUUCAAGUUUGCAGCGGGACUUGGUCCCUGUGCGAAACUGGGGCUCCGGGACGGGCCUGCUCCCCAGCGUCCCCAUCUCCAGAGCUUAAACAAGACCCGCAAACUGUGCUUUCUCCUGGGACUCUGCUUGGAAACCAGCAGCCGCUGUUGGGAACAGAUUUUAAAUCUCGGCUGGAGUGGGUGAAGACAAGGGGAAAACAGGUUGUGCUGCCAAUCACAGCAUUUCAGGACCGGAUUAUUCUUCAAAGAAAAUGGCUAUUUCUUCAAGCUCAUGCCUGGGCCUCAUCUGCUCACUGCUGUGCCACUGGAUGAGGGCAGCAUCCUCGCUGAACCUGGAAGACCCCAACGUAUGCAGCCACUGGGAAAGCUAUUCAGUCACUGUGCAGGAGUCUUACCCACAUCCCUUCGAUCAGAUUUAUUACACAAGCUGCACGGACAUCCUGAACUGGUUUAAAUGCACUCGGCACAGAAUCAGCUACCGGACAGCCUACCGCCACGGGGAGAAAACCAUGUAUAGGCGCAAAUCUGAGUGUUGUCCAGGAUUUUAUGAAAGCCGAGAUAUGUGUAUCCCUCACUGUGCUGAUAAAUGUGUCCAUGGUCGCUGCAUUGCUCCAAACACCUGUCAGUGCGAGCCUGGCUGGGGUGGGACCAAUUGUAGCAGUGCUUGUGAUGGUGACCACUGGGGGCCCCACUGCAGCAGCCGGUGUCAGUGCAAAAACAGAGCUUUGUGUAACCCCAUCACUGGGGCUUGCCACUGCGGGGCGGGCUACCGGGGAUGGCGCUGCGAGGACCGUUGUGAACAGGGUACCUACGGUAACCACUGUCACCAAAGAUGCCAGUGUCAGAAUGGAGCGACCUGUGACCACAUCACUGGGGAAUGCCGUUGUUCACCUGGAUACACUGGAGCCUUUUGUGAGGAUCUUUGUCCUCCCGGCAAACACGGUCCACAGUGUGAGCAGAGAUGUCCCUGCCAAAAUGGAGGUGUGUGCCACCAUGUCACUGGAGAGUGCUCUUGCCCUUCUGGCUGGAUGGGCACAGUGUGUGGUCAGCCCUGCCCUGAGGGUCGCUUUGGAAAGAACUGUUCCCAAGAAUGCCAGUGCCACAAUGGAGGAACGUGUGAUGCUGCCACAGGCCAAUGUCACUGCAGCCCAGGAUACACAGGGGAACGGUGUCAGGAAGAAUGCCCUGUUGGAACCUAUGGAGUUCACUGUGCUGAGACCUGCAGGUGUGUUAAUGGAGGGAAAUGUUACCAUGUGAGUGGCUCGUGCCUGUGUGAAGCAGGCUUUGCAGGUGAACUUUGUGAAGCACGCCUGUGUCCCGAGGGGCUUUACGGAAUCAAAUGUGACAAGCGGUGUCCCUGUCACCUGGACAACACUCAUAGCUGUCAUCCCAUGUCUGGAGAGUGUGGCUGCAAGCCGGGUUGGUCUGGACUGUACUGUAAUGAAACAUGCUCUCCUGGUUUCUAUGGGGAGGCUUGCCAACAGAUCUGCAGCUGCCAAAAUGGGGCGGACUGUGACAGUGUGACUGGAAGGUGUGCCUGCGCUCCAGGAUUCAAAGGAACUGACUGCUCCACUCCGUGUCCUCUGGGACGCUAUGGGAUAAACUGUUCUUCUCGCUGUGGCUGUAAAAAUGAUGCCGUCUGUUCUCCCGUGGAUGGGUCAUGCAUCUGUAAGGCAGGCUGGCACGGGGUGGACUGUUCCAUCCGCUGCCCCAGUGGCACAUGGGGCUUUGGCUGUAACCUAACGUGUCAGUGCCUCAAUGGUGGCGCCUGCAACACGCUGGAUGGAACCUGCACCUGUGCACCAGGAUGGCGAGGGCCAAAGUGUGAAUUUCCCUGCCAGGAUGGCACGUAUGGGCUGAACUGUGCUGAGCGUUGUGACUGCAGCCAUGCAGAUGGCUGUCACCCCACUACGGGCCAUUGCCGCUGCCUUCCUGGAUGGUCAGGUGUACAUUGUGACAGUGUGUGUGCUGAGGGACGCUGGGGUCCUAACUGCUCGCUGCCCUGUUACUGUAAAAAUGGGGCUUCAUGUUCUCCAGAUGAUGGCAUCUGUGAGUGUGCACCCGGAUUCCGAGGCACCACUUGCCAGAGAAUCUGUUCCCCGGGGUUUUAUGGACAUCGCUGUAGCCAGACAUGCCCGCAGUGUGUGCACAGCAGCGGGCCAUGCCACCACAUCACAGGCCUGUGUGACUGCUUGCCUGGCUUCACCGGUGCCCUGUGCAAUGAAGUGUGUCCCAGUGGCAGAUUUGGGAAGAACUGUGCAGGUGUUUGCACCUGCACCAACAAUGGCACCUGUAACCCCAUCGACAGAUCCUGUCAGUGCUACCCAGGAUGGAUUGGCAGCGAUUGCUCCCAACCCUGUCCACCUGCCCACUGGGGUCCGAACUGCAUCCACACCUGCAACUGCCACAAUGGAGCCUUUUGCAGCGCCUAUGAUGGGGAAUGCAAAUGCACUCCUGGCUGGACGGGGCUCUACUGCACCCAGAGAUGUCCUCUGGGCUUCUAUGGCAAGGACUGUGCACUGAUAUGCCAAUGUCAAAAUGGAGCCGACUGUGACCACAUCUCGGGGCAGUGUACCUGCCGCACAGGAUUCAUGGGACGGCACUGUGAACAGAAAUGCCCUGCAGGAACGUACGGCUAUGGCUGUCGCCAGAUCUGUGACUGUCUGAACAACUCCACCUGUGACCACAUCACUGGCACGUGUUACUGUAGCCCAGGAUGGAAAGGGGCACGAUGUGACCAAGCUGGGGUCAUCAUCGUGGGCAAUCUGAACAGCUUAAGCCGGACCAGCACCGCCCUUCCUGCCGAUUCCUAUCAGAUCGGGGCCAUCGCGGGCAUCGUGGUCCUUGUUCUUGUUGUGCUCUUCCUGCUGGCCCUGUUCAUCAUCUACAGACACAAGCAGAAGAGGAAGGAAUCCAGCAUGCCGGCCGUGACCUACACCCCUGCCAUGAGGGUCAUCAACGCAGACUAUACCAUUGCAGAAACCCUGCCUCACAGCAAUGGCAGAAAUGCCAACAGCCACUACUUCACCAAUCCCAGUUAUCACACACUUAGCCAGUGUGCCACAUCCCCUCAUGUGAACAACAGGGACAGGAUGACCAUGGCAAAGUCAAAAAACAACCAACUGUUCGUGAAUCUUAAAACCGUGAACCCGGGGAAGAGAGGUGCAUUGGUGGACUGUGCCGGGACGUUGCCAGCUGACUGGAAGCAAGGAGGCUACCUCAAUGAGCUUGGUGCUUUUGGGCUGGACAGGAGCUACAUGGGAAAGUCCUUAAAAGAUCUGGGAAAGAACUCUGAAUAUAAUUCAAGUACUUGCUCCCUAAGCAGCUCUGAAAACCCAUACGCCACCAUUAAAGACCCGCCUGCGCUCCUGCCUAAAAGCUCUGAGUGUGGCUACGUAGAGAUGAAGUCACCAGCUCGGAGAGACUCCCCAUAUGCAGAGAUCAACAACUCAACUUCAGCCAACAGGAAUGUCUAUGAAGUCGAACCCACAGUGAGUGUUGUGCAAGGAGUAUUCAGCAGCAGUGGUCAUGUCACCCAAGACCCAUACGACCUUCCAAAGAACAGUCACAUCCCUUGCCAUUAUGACCUGCUGCCAGUAAGGGACAGUUCAUCCUCCCCAAAGAGAGAGGAUGGUGGUGGUGGCAGCAGCAGCAGCAGUAGCACUACCACCAGCAGCAGCAGCAGCAGUGAAUGACAUCUAAGGACUACUGGGUGACCAUUUGUACUUUUUCCAAGCCUUCAGUUCAUCUCCAGUUGGCACUGCAGAUGACCAGGAAUUGUUCUAAUAAGCCGUUGUUGGACACGUACCAGAAAGCUCCAAACUGAGACUGACACCCAUCGAGGUGUGUUGUGAACACAGGGUUUGGAAGGAGAGAGCUUCAUGAUUUCUCAUUGCUGUUAGAUUAGGAAUGGCACCAAUGACUUGUCUUAAGAUAUUGGCCGAUGAGGUGAACUUUGCAGAACCUUUCUGAGACACAGACUGGAGGAGACACUGUAUUGUCACCUGAAAAACUAAAGUCUACUUGUUGUCUGUAGCAUCACAGAGCCACUCCUAGGAUUGUGCAGGUCACCACACAAUUUACCUAAAAAAAAAAAAAGUGAAAAUCACUAAACACAUAGGAGACAAGGAAUAUAUUCCUGAGUCCUUCUUGCAUAAUGGGUUUUUUUUUUUUUCCAUUUGAACUCAAGAUCAGAAGAAUUCUGUCAGGUGGUAGGAUUGGAUAGCAGUGGGAGCAAAUCCAAACAUAAAAACUUUAUGUUUGUUUUUAGGGUGAGCAAGGUACAAUUAGAAUUAUUUUAGGUAUAGUAUAAGUAUUGCAGAAAUCAAUACAUGAAUGUGGCGUUUCUGUUUGACCUUUGGCCCAUGUUAGAUUCAUGACGUCAUUCGACUUGCUGUCCCGUCAUGCAUAUUUACCACUUGAGGUUCAUAGCUUAUCAGUUAUCCGUAAAUACAAAGAUGCAAUCUUUUUUUUUUUAUUGAGUGAGUGUCUGGUGAGUGGCAAAGGGUGUACAUUUUCUAUGUAAGAUGCUUAAGUUAGGGGAACCAUUAGUAAUACUUGCUGUAAUAUAGACUUAGAGGGAUGUUUUCCUUAAUUUUUGUCCCUACAAGUGACUGAAAUGUUUUUGUGCAUAUUUGGGGAAAGGGCACUUUUCCUAUUAACUGUUGAUUUAGAGAAACUAUGCUUAAGCUGGCCUUUUGCAUUGCUAAUGUGACAUGCACUCAUUUCCUUUUAGUUUGUAUUCUCAUUAAGUCGUGUAUUCUGUUGUGUGGUGUUUGGAUUGUUAAUGCAGAAUUAUGAUAUGUCCAUCGUCUCCUGAAUCAUUGCCAUUCAUCUUCUGCUCAAUGAGAAUGCAUCAUCUUUCUUUUGGAGGGAGGAAAUGAAAACAUACAAAUUGAACCUGUUAAAAUUGGCUGUUGCUAAACUAGUAUAGCAGCCAUAGGUGCGUAGCUGAUCACUGGAAUGGAAAAACCUUCUAUUAGUCCACAGUGGAGCUCUUUGGGGGAUAUUAGCUCCCUGAGUAUUGGUUAAAGUCGGGAAGAAGGAGCCAUGAGUACUACCAGUGAUUUUGCUGAAGACUUUCAUCAUGAUCAUCAAUAACUGAGCAUCUAAACUGGGACACUUGUAAUAGUAAAUGAGGGCAUUUCUAAUAAUCAUCAGGCACGGGGUUUAAAUAUAGACUGUUCCCAGCAGACCAGAACAAUUGCUUGCCUGGUGUGCACUAUUGCAGACACAAGCUUUACCCCCAAGGCUUUUGUCUCAAUGAGAACGCCAAUAGGAUACAACAAAGCAUUGCUCUACAUGAGCACACAGAAGAGAGGCUGUGAGGGUAUGCAACAUCAGAGCAGAAUGACAUGAAGACCCAUGUGACAGUCUGCUGGAGUCUAUUAAUAACUGACUACUACACUCAUCUACUAGCGGUAGCUAUAAAGUGGUGUCCUAGUUGAGGUGGAGUGUCUAGUCAUUUUGUGUUUUACACCAUGUGCCUAUCAUGAUGGGUUUGUUUGGUCAGGUAAAUAGUUCUGCAAAUGCUCUUAGGGCAAUUGCUCUUAUAUUAUCUGAAACAUUUAGAAACAAUUGAUUUUUUUUUCCAGUAGGUAAGCACUGGCUGAUCCCUAGGGAAUAAGCAUCGAACAGACACACGGGUUAGCAACUAUAGGAGUCCUUUCUGCUAAGAGAAGGUUGAACACUUUCCCCCCUUUUCCUUAAAUAUCAUCUCUUUUAAGCAUGAUAGUAAGAUUGAGGUCCCCUGUGACUAUAUAGAGAUUGUUUGUUUGUUUGUUUGUUUGUUUUAAAGCUGUCUUUCCCCAUUUUACCAUUUGGGGAAAAAUUGUGUGCAAAGGUGAGAAGAACUUACUGGGAUAAACCUACAGAGAAGGUUCCAAACAGUUGUCUUAUGAAGUGGGGAUGACAUGCCCACAAGCUGCCCUACGGAAUCCUAUUGAUACCCAUGUCCUAACACAAGCUGACCUCCUGAACCUGGAUCCAAGGUAGGGUUUACCUAGAAGUUUCUUCAAGACUUUCCCAAAGUCAGAACACUUCACAUUUCAGACAUUGUAAAAAUCCCAUGUUGUCUUUGGAGACAAAGCAUACUUUUCUAGUUAUUUUUCUAUCAUGUCUCUUUGGUACCCUGCAGAAGAAAACACUGGAUGAGUUUAGUGGUACCUUGUAUGGAAAAUCCAUACGCAAAUGUGGUCCUAGUCAUUACUCUUUCUUUAGAAGUUGAUGUUUUAAAUUUUUUGCCAUUUACUAUACUUGUACAGUGUUAUAUCAGAACUUGCCCAGAUGAUAACUCAUAUACUUGCUUUCAUUAGGCGAAUAUGAUAUUUGUGGCUAAUUCCACGAUACAGGAAUCUUCAUAAUCACUCCAGUGCUAGACAGUGCUUCCCAUAGAGCACCAGUAACAGACAGAAUUCAAUGUGUUUAGCGAUGCUUUUGUGGGCGUUGGCCAAAUACAGAAAAACUGACCUUAGAAUUUUACAACAGAGCAGCAUAGGGUGUCAUGGCCAAAUCCGUUAGCAUAAUACCUCCCGACUGUGAGAAAUGCAGGCAACUUUAUGAAAAUAUGGUUAUAUUUAUGUCGGUGGGCCAUAAUAGAAACUUUUCAACCAAAUAUAACUCAAAGUCAAACAAAAGCAGCAUAAUAUCAACUUGAUAUUAGAAAUCUACAGUUCAAGUAAGACAAAAAUCAUAAAAAUCAAAUCUUAGGAUUAUGGUUUUAAAAUAAUGAAUUUUCCAUCUCUGGGUAACAUGUCCUUAUUAUUCCAAGGAAACAUUGAAGGGCUAUUUUGAUUUUAAAGGCUUACUGCCAUGGACAUAUACAGAGGCUUGGUGUGUGGAGUGGUUGCUUAUGAAGCAGGGGCUACACGCGGCAAACUGCCCCAGAGUCCUGUUCACCAUUUUUGUCUCAGCUUUGUUUUGAUAUGACCAAAUCGCAGUAUUUCUCUCUCUAUUUUUUAAGAAGAAAAACUCAGAAUGCAGUGUGGUUUACUUGGUGACUGCAAACAAAGUUAAUGCUUUAAGUGUUAUCCUCCCUCUCUCUUUCCCAAAGACAAUAAACCCUCCUCAGAAUUAGUCUUGUCAUUUAUACCGCCAAAUAGUCAAUAGAUGAACGCAAUAAACUUUCCAAUUAAAAACA